AUGUCAGGCGCGGCGGCGAUCCAGUCCGUCGCGGUGAGCGGGUACGAAGAACGCUCUGAACCCAGCCCACACACCGUCUUCCGCCUCGAGAUCCGGGCACAUGUGCGGUCAUGGACGAUGUGGCGCCGGUACUCUGAGUUCGACGAGCUCUACACCGAGCUGUCCAAAUCGACCGGCCGACCCCCUCCCGCACCACUACCACCGAAGAAUACUCUGAGUAAAGCGUUCUCUUUCGGCCGAGCGCGUACGGAUCUGGAGGAGCGCAGACAAGGGCUUGAGGCGUUCUUGCGAGCGAUUGUUGCUGCGAAGGACCCGAGAUGGAGGGACAGUUACGCGUUUAGAGAGUUCUUGGGCGUGCCUGUGGGCAGGGCGGCGGAUGCGGGAGGAGCGGGUGCUGGAGGCCAGUUGAGCGCGGCGGCGUGGUUGGACGAGCAGCUCGACGUCGCCGCGGCCAUUCGCGACAUGCGUGCCGAUCUCAACAGACGCGACGCUCUAUCAGACGCGGGCGACGUCGGCGGGGCCCAUCAGGCGAAUGUCCAGGCCAAGAAGAAGUUGGCCGCCGUUCUCACCCGCGUCGGCGCUCUAGCCAGUGCGCUCGAUGGUCUCGCACGUGGCGGGAUGGCGCAGGGCGAGCUGCAGAGGCGGGCGGAUAUCGUGGGCAGGUUGCAGGACGACUGCGAGAAGAUUGGUCGCAUCGUCUCCGCCGCCCGCCACACGUCCCGAGCGCUCAGUCCGCCCAAUACCGAUUCCGGUGCACCAGCCAGCGAUCGAGAGGCUUUGCUCGGCGGUGCGGCCGGAGGAGGGAAGGUCACCCGGGUGUUCGGACAGAAACCGGCCGCUGUCGAGACCGCUGCGACACGACCGCUCGACGAUGCCGGGCUAUUGCAGCUUCAGCAGCAGCAGAUGGAUCAGCAGGACAGUCAGCUCGCCGGUCUGACCGCCAUCUUGCAGCGUCAACGGCAGCUGGGUGUGGCCAUUCACAGCGAGAUAUCGCAGCAGAACGAGUUGCUCGACGAUCUCAACAACGAUGUAGAUCGCGUGGGGGGCAAGCUCAGUAGCGCAAAGAAGAUGCUAAAUAGGUUCUAA